AUGCCAAAGAGGAACGAGGUCUCUUGUUAUGUUAUGAUUAGUAGGUACAUUCAAAACGGGUUUCAUGAAGAAGCGUUGACACUGUUCUCUAGAAUGAUUAGAGACGGGAUCAAACUAAUCAUAUUUUGCCUUUUGUCAAUCAUUUCUGUGUUAUCGGCCGUAAAAGCUUUGCAGGCGGGGAUGAAUGUCCACGCCCAUGUCCUAAAAACCGGCGUGGACGCAUAUGUUUAUAUCAGUAGUGCACUCAUUGGUUUAUACUGCAAGUGCGGGAACACUAGGGCAAGGCGACUGGUAUUUGACUCGGUUGCAUCCAAGGACGAGUUUUAUUGGAACUCGAUGAUUUCUGGUUACAACCUAAAUGGCCAAAUGGAAGAGGCUGAGAAAUUGUUCCAGAUUGCUCCUACAAGAGGUAACAUCACUUGGAACAGUAUAAUUUCUGGUUAUAUGGAAAUUGGGCAGUUUGUCGAGGUGUCUGAGGUCAUGAAUAGGAUGCUGUUGUCGGGAGAAGUUCUGAGCGAGAUGACUUUCUCAAGCGUACUCAGUGCCUGUUCGAGGACAGCCUCGUUGAAGAAGGGGAAGAAUUCUCAUGGGAAGGCGAUCAAGCUGGGUUUCGUGGGGGAUGUUCGUGUGGGCACAGUGUUAAACUGA